AUGGCUGCACAGUUCACAACUCUUUACUCCGAGGACACGGAAUACUCAGCGGAUUCCGUGGAAUGGUGCCAUCAGGAUGACCUGCACGCCAAGUACUUUGCCUGCGGCACCUAUCAGCUGGUCGAGGGAGCGGAGGAGGCGGCCGAGAGUGGCGGAAAACAACGCCCGCGCAAGGGUCGCGUGUAUCUGUACCAGUUCGAUGGAGGAUCUCUGGAACGGCUGCAGUCCAUCGAAACGGCAGCCAUCCUGGACAUGAAAUGGCUGCCCUCGUGGGGCAACGAGAGUGGUCCCAUUCUGGCCACGGUUACUUCAUUGGGAAAGCUGGAAACCUUCGAGUUGUUGGAAGAUAAACAGAUCUUGGAGAAACGCACGUGCUUGGCGCUAGAAGAGGACAAAGAUGUGGAGCCACCACUAGCCCUGGCCCUGGACUGGAAGCAGGAGGGCAGUGCCAUUCAACUGGCUGUUUCCGACUCCAAUGGAGGCCUGAAUCUGAUCAAUUACACCCCCCAGGGGAAACUAACCCUUGAGAAGUCAUGGAAGUGCCACGGAUUUGAGGCCUGGACCUGUGCCUUCGAUCGGUGGUCGCCACACGUUCUAUAUAGCGGCGGGGAUGACAUGCUUCUCCUGGCCCACGAUCUGAGAUCACCCGAGGAGCAAAAGAUCUGGACGAAUCGAGCGCACAUGGCCGGAGUCACCUGCCUGCUAAGUCAUCCCAGCCACGAGCAUCACCUGCUGACUGGAAGCUACGAUGAGCAGCUGCGCCUGUUCGACACCCGCUCCAUGAAACGUACCCUGGCCGAGGUGAACCUGGGCGGCGGUAUUUGGCGUUUGAAACCACAUCCCCUCAACAAGGAUCUGAUACUCACCGCCUGCAUGUACACCAAUUUCAGCGUGGUGGAGCUGGACGCGAAGAGUCCGGAGCUGCGUCUUCUGGGCGCGUACGAGGAGCACAAAAGCAUUUGUUAUGGCGCCGACUGGGCACCCACUGGCGGAAAAGCUCUCACGAUGGCCACUUGUUCCUUUUAUGAUCACAAAUUGUGUGUAACCCGGGUGGAUUUAAGUAGUUAAUGGAGUAGAAUAAAA